UGUUGCUUUAAGGAAACUGAAUGAAUUUGAGCCUCUCUGACGCAGACGCGGCUGCAUCCGAAGAUAACAGCGGAGAGAAUCCAAUUUAGUGUGAUGUAUUUUGCUUUCUCCGUUCAUCGUCUAGGCCUUUGUAAGAUUCAGUCAUUUUGGUACAAUCGAUCGACUGAAAUAGAUCAGCGUUUUUGUUCAUGGUUGAGCAGUAAAUCAAGAUGUCCAGAUGAACUGUCUUGUGGGGACAAACUGAUCCAACAAGGAAACCCAGACUUUUACGCAGGAGGAGCGACUCGGAGACACAGCUGCGCGAGGACUCUGCGCGCUUUAUCUCGAUAUGGAGUUUAAGAAGAGCCCAGUGGAGGACGACUACAAGAUCACAACGAAGGUUUUGGGUCAGGGAAUAAACGGAAAAGUGUUGGAGUGUUACUGUAAGAAGAGCGGAGAGAAAUGCGCCCUCAAGAUCCUGCAGGACACCCCAAAAGCCCGUCGGGAGGUAGACUUACACUGCAAAGCUUCUGGGGGGCCCCACAUCGUGCGAAUACUCAGUGUGUAUGAGAACAUGCACAAGGAGAAGAAGUGUAUCUUCGUCAUCAUGGAGUGUUUGAACGGAGGAGAGCUGUUUAACCGGAUAGAAGCCAGAGGAGAUCAGGCCUUCACCGAGAGAGAGGCAUCUGAGAUUAUGCAUGACGUUGGGACGGCCAUCAGCUUCCUGCAUCAGAUGAAUAUUGCUCACAGGGACAUCAAGCCUGAAAACCUGCUGUACACAACUCAAGACAACAACGCCACUCUGAAACUGACCGAUUUUGGAUUCGCAAAAGAGACCAUCAUUCACAACAGUCUACAGACCCCCUGUUAUACUCCUUACUACGCUGCUCCAGAAGUUCUUGGUCCAGAGAAAUAUGACAAGUCCUGUGACAUGUGGUCGCUGGGGGUCAUCAUGUACAUUCUACUUUGUGGGUUCCCUCCUUUCUACUCAAACACGGGCCAGGCCAUCUCUCCCGGGAUGAGGCAGAGGAUCAGAAGAGGCCAGUAUGACUUCAAUGAUCCUGAAUGGGACGAGGUUUCUGAUGAAGCCAAGCAGAUCAUUACCGACUUGCUGAAGACCAACCCAAACGAGAGGAUGACGAUUCAACAGUUCAUGAAUCAUCCAUGGAUCAGUCAGUCCAUGGUGGUUCCUCAAACGCCUCUGCACACUGCUCGAGUUUUGACACAAGAGAAGGAUCUAUGGGGCAAUGUCAAAGAGGAAAUGACCAGUGCUUUAGCUACAAUGAGAGUGGACUACGAGCAAGUGAAAAUCAAAGAGUUAGAUUUGUCCAGUAACCCUUUACUGAACAAGAGGAGGAACAAGGGAGCUCCCAGGGGAGAAGACGGGGCAGGCAAAUAGAAAAUAUACAUGUUGUUUUAGCUAUUUAGUCAUUGAAAUGUCAUUAUUUUGUAUGGAUCAGUUUUUAAUAAAUGCAUUAUUAGGUUUUA